AUACAAACAAGCCCACCGGCUGCAGGGGUCUCUGCACAGUAAUAUAUGGGGAGAGCUUCCAGUAGAGGGAUCUGUAGAACUGCACCCAGUGAUCGGAUUACAAGAAUCCAUGAGACCCCCACCUACAACGGCUUUACUUACUCACAGAAGAAAACAAAGAGGAGGAGAGUUGGAGGAGAAGGAACUUAUGUUGUUUUCUUCUGCUUAUCUAAAAGGGACGCAGCACCCAAACAUUAAUCUUAUGCUGCCAGGGAUGACCAGGAUACUUGUUUUUGUUAUUAUAGUAUAACUUUAUUUAGAGGCUGAAAUAGUUCAUUAACAAUCAGGGCAGGGCUGCUGCGUAGAAACCCAAAGUAGUGCCCAGAGACAGCAGCACAGUUAUACAGUAAAGGAACGAGUAAAAGAAACGGUGUCUUGGGACUGGGUCUUUAUAUCACACCCCUCUAACAAGACUUUAAGGCAGUUGUGGCUACGGAGGGAUAAGGAAGAUGACAAACUCCUGACAUGACUUUAUGUUGCUGUUACAGCUUUGUCUCACUAAAGCCCAUUAUGUGGCCCAUUAUGAGGACAGAACUGCUCCAACAUUGUGGUUGUGGAUUAGUAGGACAACACCCACACUGUGGGGCCAUUCUCUUCUGUCUGACAGUCUUCAUUGUGAUCUCCCAGUACUGUGCUGAGGGACAUCCCUAUUACUGUGUUGGAACGUUCCAUGCGUCGGAUCUACGCAAUCAGUAUUUGGUCAUCACCAAACGGGGGGAAACUUACUGCCAGUUUGUCACAUCCGCGCAGAUUCCGGAGACGUUCGAUUGCACCGAGAAAUCCAGGGCCACAUUAAUCAAUCAGACGUCUGUAAAGUUCAUAACAGAUGAGCCGAUCCACGACCAAUUUCAUCUGGACUACGGGAAGACUGGGGAGCGCGGGAAAACAGCCUUUAUCCUUAAUCCAAAAUGUUAUAGAUCAACACCUGACGAUAUGGCGACUGUGACAUCACAUGACCCUACGGUUUCGCCAAAUACCGAUAUACCCACAGCAUCGCAGAAAGGCCGACACUAUUUGUAUAUUUUGGCAGCUGCCUCUGUGAUUUUUAUUGUGGGGAUAAUGAUAUACAGGAAGAGACUCUCUCGGGGGUCCACCUUGAGCUCUGCCCCCCAAGAAACACCGAAUAACCGUCUGAAAUUCCCAGAGAAAGAAAUGAGCACAAAUGAACCUCUGAUUCCACUGGAACAAGUGGGAAAUGAAGAUGUUGGACAUAAGAGAUCCGGAGUGAAAGUCUUCAAUUUGGGGAAAUUCGGGUUGGAGAAGGAGAGCGACAUUGAUCAGAUCAGUUAUUAAAGUGCUCAUGAGUUGGUGGGACCGAGGGGAAGAUCAGAACCUUAAAGGGGAACUGUUACUGCAAGAAAAUUCCACCCGACUAUAGUAAAUAUUCCAGCUUUUCAUAUCUAUAAUGGUAACAUCGGGGUCGCUUGCAUUGACAUAAAGGGGCACAUUUAAUAAGCUCAAGUGAAGGAUUCGAAUGAAAAAAACUUCGAAUUUCGAAGUAUUUUUUUGGCUACUUUGACC